AUGGCAAGCUUCAUCAAUUCUGCCAAAACAACGCAACGCAGCUUAAAUCCUCAACCCAUCUCAACAAAAAAAAACGAAAAAAAAACAUUCUCCCGCAAUCACGCUCGCCGUCCCUUUGAGUUCAGCACUCAAAAGGCUGCAAUAUAUCCUCGAAUUCUCGAAUCGGACUUGCCGACUUUCUACUUCUGCGCAAAGAUGGCCAUCACCAAAGUUCACGCUCGCUCCGUGUACGACUCCCGCGGUAAUCCGACUGUGGAGGUUGAUGUUGUCACUGAUACCGGCCUGCACCGAGCCAUCGUCCCUUCCGGAGCUUCUACUGGCCAGCACGAAGCUUGCGAGCUUCGAGACGGUGACAAGUCCAAAUGGGGCGGCAAGGGCGUUGGCAAGGCUGUUGACAAUGUCAACAGCAUUAUUGGCCCUGCCCUGAUAAAGGAGGGCAUUGACGUCAAGGAUCAAUCCAAGGUCGAUGCUUUUCUUAAUAGCCUCGACGGCACCGACAACAAGACCAAGCUUGGUGCAAACGCCAUUCUUGGUGUCAGUCUGGCCAUCGCCAAGGCCGGUGCUGCCGAGAAGGGAGUUCCCCUUUACGCUCACAUUUCGGAUCUUGCAGGAACCAAGAAGCCUUACGUCCUCCCCGUUCCUUUCAUGAACGUCCUCAAUGGCGGUUCUCACGCUGGUGGCCGCCUUGCUUUCCAGGAAUUCAUGAUUGUGCCAUCCGAUGCUCCUUCCUUCUCAGAGGCCAUGCGCCAGGGCGCCGAAGUGUAUCAGAAGCUGAAGUCGCUGGCCAAGAAGAAGUACGGCCAGUCUGCUGGCAACGUCGGCGACGAGGGUGGUGUCGCUCCGGAUAUUCAAACCGCUGACGAGGCCCUCGAGCUUAUCACUGACGCUAUCGAACAAGCCGGCUACACUGGAAAGAUGAAAAUUGCCAUGGACGUUGCGUCCAGCGAGUUCUACAAGGCUGACGCGAAGAAGUAUGACCUGGACUUCAAGAACCCCGACAGCGACCCUGCCAAGUGGAUCACCUAUGAGGAGCUCGCUGCCUUGUACUCGGACCUCUGCAAGAAGUAUCCCAUUGUCAGCAUUGAGGAUCCCUUCGCUGAGGACGAUUGGGAGGCCUGGAGCUAUUUCUACAAAUCUCAGGACAUUCAAAUUGUCGGUGACGACUUGACCGUCACAAACCCUCUCCGCAUCAAGAAGGCUAUUGAACUCAAGGCUUGCAACGCGUUGCUGCUCAAGGUGAACCAGAUUGGUACCUUGACCGAGUCCAUCCAAGCCGCCAAGGAUUCUUACGCUGACGGCUGGGGCGUCAUGGUUUCUCACCGAUCCGGCGAGACCGAGGACGUCACCAUCGCCGACAUUGUUGUCGGCAUUCGAUCUGGCGAGAUCAAGACUGGUGCCCCUUGCCGAUCCGAGCGCCUGGCGAAGCUGAACCAGAUUCUCCGAAUUGAAGAGGAGCUUGGUGAUGGAGCUAUUUAUGCUGGCGCCAACUUCCGCAAGUCGGUCAACCUCUGA